AUUAAAGAAUUAAUUCAUGGAAACUUUUUAAAGAGGACCACAACGUUUAACAGAAAAUGAAGUUGACAAAUUGAUGAAAUGCUAACCACAUCUUGUGAAAUAAACUUAUGAUCAAAUAGCAAAUCUAACUCCAAAUUCACAAGAAGUAAUAAGUAGAUAAGCUACAAUUAAUGUUGGUACAAUAGGACAUGUUGCUCAUGGAAAAUCAACAUUAGUGAGAUCUAUAACAACAAUAAAGUAUUUGAUAUGGUAAUACUUAAAAGUACAGUGCGUUUUAGAUAAGAGAGAGUCAGAAACAUUACAAUUAGAUUAGGUUAUGCAANUACAAAUCUCUUUUAUAAUAAUGCACAUAUAUAAUUCAAUUCAACGUUUUAUUUUCUUAGAUAAGGAUCUUUUAGCUUUAUCCAUCUCUUGUAACACUCUCUACAUAUUUUCACGAUGUUCUAGUUUAUCUAUAUUCACAAUUUCCAUCACAUGAACUUAAAAUCUAUUGUUAGUUUCAGCUAUCAUCUCUACUUCAUUUGA